AUGGCGCGUGCCCUGUCGAGCUGCGCGCAAAAGCCGCACCUGACGCUCUUCACGGGCACGCACUGCUCGCUGUGUGACGACAUGAAAGAGGUGCUGGACACGGUUCGCUUGACGACACCGUUUACGCUGGCGCUCUACAACAUCCGCGACGACAGUGCGCCGAACGUGAAGCACUGGCGGCGCAAGUACCAGUACGACAUUCCCGUGCUGCAUGUGCGAUGGGGCGCAGCGCGCUCCGAGGACGACUACGGUACAGAACUCGUGCGGCAUCGCGCCGAGGCCGGCGCCCUGGCCGAGGCGCUGCUGCGCUCGCGACCGUCCGAGUCGCAACCAUCACGUGUCUAG